UAAACAAUACAGCGUCGGUGCGGGCGUUGCACUUUUGGGCUUUGCGUACACACUACACAGCGUCCUGCUUUCUCUUCCCCUUCCCGCGGCUCAAGAGUGUAGAGGGAGGGAUCUUACAGACUUUUGCUCCGCUCCGCUCCGCUCCGCCUGGAUGGCUCUAAAGCAUAUCUGUACAAAACCCUCUCCUCCAUCCAUGACCCUGCCGUCUCCGCCUUCCUCCUCCUCCCCCUUCCCUUCCAUGGUCGUCAUUCCUCAAUCAUCGUCCACUUCUACCCCCUCUGCUUUAUUACUUCCAAAAGCUUCUCACUCCCUGCACCCAUUCACGCACACUGAUCGAAAAGAUCACUUCAUCGAUGCUAUCAAAGCUUCCCUGUCUGAUUGCCUUUCCGAAACGCAUCUCGAUUCUACUGUCCCCUCUCUUCGCUCCAAGGCCAGAGGCAAGGUGAGAGAUGUUUAUGAUAGCGGAGACCAUCUAAUCCUAGUUACAACAGACAGGCAAAGUGCCUUCGACAGAGUUCUUGCUUCAAUUCCCUUCAAGGGACAGGUGCUCAAUGAAACAAGUUUGUGGUGGUUUAGUAAAACUCAGCAUAUAAUAUCAAAUGCAGUUGUGUCCAGCCCAGAUAAAAAUGUAACUAUUGCAAAGAAAUGUUCAGUAUAUCCUGUUGAGUUUGUGGUUAGAGGUUAUGUGACUGGAAGUACCAAUACGUCUCUGUGGACUAUCUACGAAAAAGGCAUUAGAAACUAUUGUGGCAAUGCCCUUCCAGACGGUAUGGUGAAAAACCAGAAGUUACCUGAAAAUAUACUCACACCAACCACUAAAGCUGCAGAUCAUGAUGUUCCCAUAACACCAAAAGAGAUUAUUCAGCAAGGGCUCAUGAGUGAAGCUGAUUAUAAUGAAGCAAGUAAAGCAGCAUUAAAACUGUUUGAGUUUGGUCAGCGGAUUGCACUGGAGCAUGGCUUAAUAUUGGUGGAUACAAAAUAUGAAUUUGGAAAAGCAUCUGAUGGCUCAGUACUUUUAAUAGACGAGGUGCACACACCAGACUCAAGCAGAUAUUGGAUUGCCCAUUCCUAUGAAGAAUGCUUUCGUAAUGGUUUUGAACCUGAAAAUAUUGACAAGGAAUUCUUGAGAUUGUGGUUCAAAGAUCACUGUAAUCCCUAUCAAGAUAAGGUCUUGCCGGAUCCACCUGAAGAACUUGUUUCUGAAUUGGCUUGGCGAUAUAUUCUCUUGUACGAGACCAUUACAAAUGAAAAGUUUAUCCCGCCCUCAACAAAGGAACCUGUACAUGACAGGAUAUCCCGGAAUGUUUCUAGUGCAUUGAAAUCUCUUACUUAAUGCUGCUGCCAAAUUGAUACGGUGGCAGUCAUUGAUGAGUAUCUGUUGUCUUGGGAGUAUCAUGGUGUCUAAUGGCGGCAUGAAUAUGAUCCCAUCCAUCCCAAGCGAGCCGUUGAUUGGCAGAAAAUGUUGUUGCUGCUGCUUUUUGGAUUGAGGAGGCUGAGGCUGAGGCUGCUGCUCCUCCUCACCCUCCCUUGCUUCUCUACUAUAUUAAUUAAUAAUUGCUGCUGCACUAAGUCUAGUUUGUUGCUCUGUUCUUUGUGGCAUUUCCCGCGCACUAGAUGUAUGUGAUGGGUUUUUUUUUUUUUUUUUUUUUUUGAUGCUGGUUUGGAUUGAAGAAAUGUUGUCAGUUUUGCUUCCAUUUAUCGUUGCUUGUAUAAUUUACAAUUGCCUUGAUAUA